AUCGAUGAUAUUUUGGAAAAAAAGUUGGGUUAAGUUGUGAAAUUCUGUUUUUAUUUUCCAAAAUAUUUUGCAUUUUCCCAAAUGGAGAGUGAAAGGAGUGAAUUUUCCAAUUUAUGUACGAGAUUUCUCUUCCUAAAUCACUACGAUGAUCAUAGUAGUGCGUCAGUGAUUGAAAUAAAUCUAGUGCUCAAUGAAUUAAAUGCCAUCUGUUUUCGCCAUCAGCAAAUUGCUGACCAAAAAUGUGCUCUGGCUCUGAUGGGUGCAUUUCCGAAGAUUCCUCCACAUGAGGACACACUGAUAGUGAAGGCAUGUUAUUUGUUAGUUUCCUUGGUGAAGAAACAGAAAAUCAGAGUCCCUCCUAACAUUGCCAGCCUCAAUAUUGUGUGGCUUCUGAAGUGUCUUGAAAAGAAAUUCCAUGCUGUAGUCUGUGAUGCAUUAAAAGCUUUCAAUGUCCUAUUCCUAGACAAUGUCAAUGCCAUAGAAAUCCCCUAUGAAAGAUUCCUAUCUGUGGACAGAGGACUCUUCACGAAACUCCUGAAGAAUCCGAAACUGGGAAAUAGCCCAGAGCUAGAGCAUGAAAAGAACACAGAAGAAGAUAUCCUCCAGAGUGCAUUGUCUUGUGUUGAAACAAUCCUGGACAGUUACACAGAAGCCGAGGCUGUGGUGAAGAUUCCAGAAGAUUACAUCACAAAACUGGGAGAUAUAGUACUCAGAAACAUUUACCGAUGGGAAUUGGGAAGUCUUGGCGAGACACACUACGCAACAUUCAUCUACCGAAGUUUAAAUAUCCUCAAAAUCCUUGCAGAAUUGCAUUCUGCGUGGAUUCAGGAUAAUUUAGGAGAGGUUCUAGGAGCUGCUCGAACAUUUAUGGUCACAGGGUAUGUCGAAGAAGAGUGGUUGAAACCACAGAAAGUCACUCCAUCCCAACAGAUUCUUCUAGAACCCCAGAAUCCAUCCGUAAACAAAGGCGGAAAGAUCAUCAGGCAGAAGAAGACCAGGAAAACUGCUCAGAAAUCCCAUAGGAAGAACAAAAAAUCCAAAAAUGAAGAUACCAGUCAAUUCCUCAAGCCUUAUUCCUACGAAAGUGUCUCUGUGGACUGCAAUCUAGGUGAUUCUUCAGAAGAACACCUGACACAGCCCACCAGUGAAUCAGAACUGUCCGAUUCAGCCGGCAGUAAAUUCAGUCAGGAUAUCAGGGACAAAAAGAAGUAUCGCGUCCGCCUCACUGCCAUCCAGUUAAUAGGAACUCUGCCAAAAGUGGUCGAACAAAGGACAAUGUUUGGCUACUGGCAUUGUCUUUUUUCCACAAAUGACAUCAACUACCCCGGCGGGAUGUUCCUGACCAAGUGCAUCCUCAGUGAUCCGAAUCAUCGAUGUCGCAUCAGUGCUCUCCAAACUAUCUCCUGCCUCCUUCAUGACGCCAAGAAGUACCUCUAUCAGGCAGAGAGUACCGAAAGGGAAUCCACAUCUUUCACUCCAUUCUCCGUGGCUCUGGGAAAUAUGAUUUUGGAAAUCUACAGAGCCCUCUUUCAAGCAUUAGACACAGAAUCACUUUCACCUAUCGUGGUUCAGCUACUCAAGUGCUUCAUUGUUCUUGUUCCGGCUACUCCGUUCCAUCGCUUGAAACCCGGUCUGGUUACUGAGAUUGUGAAGCAUUUGCGAAAACUAGUCAAUCACAUGGAGGCAACAAUAAAAUUGCAAGCUCUCCGUUUGAUGGGCUUCAUAAUUUCGAUCACGGACUUUACGCCAGAAAUCGUAGAAUGCAUUGGAGUAGAGAGAUUGAGUGUUCGACGGGUUACAGAAGACAUCCACAAGGUAUUUUUGGGAGAUGUUGCAGAUGAAGAAGAAGAAGUAGAUUGGGAGGAGGAGGAGGAAAUUGGGGAAGAUGACCGUGAGGAGAAGAGAGGAGAGGAGGAAGUAAAUGAUGAGGGUGGGGAAAAGAAGAUGUCAUGGAUUCUUGAAACUGUUCUCAAUUGUCUCAGCAUUUGCACGGAGGAUGGGAAGAAGGGGGGAAGGAAGAUCCCGGGAAGAUGUGGAGUUCAAUCGUUGGAAAUUCAGAGUGAAUGUUUCAGCCUUUUGGCUGCAAUGUCCACGCACAUUGGCAUUCUCAUGGGGCAUUUGAAGUUGGUGGGUGAAGCUGUGAGGAAUGGUCUGAGGGAUAGUGCAGCGGUGAUUGUAUUGAAUGCAGCUAAAGCUUUGGAUUUUAUUGCUCACUCAAUUACUCAGUAUUUUUUGAAUGUGUCAUCGAAGCCAGCUGGAGAAUUGGAUGUUGGGAUUGAAUUUUGGUUGUUGGUGCUGCCGGCUGUGACGGAACAGUUGCAGGGCAGUGUGAUGAAUGUCAAGGUGAUAUGCUGCGAUGCACUGUCGAAUAUUGGUGGUCAUAUUUAUGAGAAUGUGCCAAGGGAUAAGCAAUUUCUCAUGUUGAGUCUGCUUCAUGGGAAUAGCAGUGACAAUGAGACAAUUGUCAGGGCAUCAGCAUGUCGAGCACUGAGUGUCUUUGCGCAGUUUCCAUCAUUGAGGAAUGAUUUGGUUUUUGUGGAGAAUACAGCGGAAAUGGUGACGGAUUUGGUGCCAAUUGGUGAUGAGAUGAGUAGAAUGAAGGCAGCAUGGGCUUUGGGAAAUAUUACGGAUAUUCAGCAGAAGUCUGAUAGUCCGCUGGAUCGUCUGAGGGAUGAUCUGUUGGAGAAGAUGCUGAGAAUUGCAAUUGCAUCUUGUGAUGAUCAGCACAAGGUGAGAUGCAAUAUUGUUCGAGCUAUUGGGAAUUUGUUGUAUCUGAUCAGGGAGGAUUUGCUGAUGCAUCGGAAGUGGCAGGAACUGACGAGGAGUGUCAUUGAGUGCCUCGUUGAGAAUGUGCGGGAUGUGAAAUUUAUGAAAGUACGGUGGAAUGCGUGCUAUGCGUUGGGGAAUAUGAUGAAGAAUCCUUGCUUCUAUGUGGAAUCUGUUCAGAAACAGCUGAAUUGGCCAGCAAUGGUUUUUCCUGUCCUCUGUGGACUAAUUGUGAAGAAUCCCAAUUUCAAAGUACGCAUCAAUGCGACUGUGGCUCUGGGGACGGUCAGCUCGAGGGAACGCUAUGGGCAGCACUUUGUCAGUAUUUGGGCGGCAUUGAUUCAGGCUCUGGAACAGGCUGACAAUCUCGUGGACUUCAAUGAGUACAAGCACAGGGACAAUUUGAUGGAUCAGCUGUGUCUGACCCUUGCACACUGCAUCAUGUGUGCCCAGGGAGGGGAUUUGCUGGAGAUGCAGGAACAGUUGAUGCCUCAUCUUGAGAUGACUCGAGAAAACUGGUCCAGGGUGACAAAUAGAAUUGUUCCCGAACGGGCUACACCUUUACUCAUGGCCACGCAGAAACUCAAGGAUCUCAUGGGGCAAAAACUGCCGCCGGAUCAACUCAUGGCAUCCAACUUCCUAGCUUCCUGCUUCAUCUCUCCAACGGAGUAUCUUUAAUUUUGUUUUUGUUGAUAUUUUUACAAAAUAAAAAAAAGCCAGUGAUAAGCCUA